AAUAUCAUCACCUUAAUGGGGGAUGUAACCCCACAACAAUUAGUGAAAGAGAAUCUGUUUCCGAGGGCAUAUAAAGCCGUCGUGCUUCAAAAACCACGCAUUGUUUACUUUCCAGCCGUUAACAAUGAUUUUAGUUUGUCGAACUUUUCUUUUGUUACUGUGCUGGAUGACCCGUUUGUCAUUUGCAACGGGACACGACCAAGAGGAUUUGGCUUCCGUUUUAACUCUUUUCAGAGAGGUCAUGAAUUUAGCUAAGAAUGCAGCUAACGGUAAUUGUUAUUGUUCAAAACCGGGACAUUUUGUGAAUGACACUAUCAAACAACGAAGAAUCAUGAAUGUUAUUCACGGAUUUAGCGAGUUGAUCGACUCAGAAUCGGCUUCGUUUACGGACAACAACCAAUCAGAACAAAAGCCACACAAACGAGUCAAACGCUUUCACUACGCCUUCCGUCGACGAAUCGCUUUUCCUCCAGGCACGAAGAUCACAGUGACUCCAACUUUCUUUUUGCCAUUCGUUCGUGAUCUGCCCGAUGGAUUAAUCUCCAACAUGUCCAUUAGUUUUCCUUUUUCAAUGGUUCUGGACGAACUUGGGUUGACUGACGAUUCAAACAUUUUUGGAACGUUUUCCAUUUUGAGGCGCAUCUUUCGACUCUUCUUCGGCCAUCGAAAACCACGAGCCAAUGAUUACAGCGGCGGGCACAGGAUUUUGGUCUACCGCACUAUAGAGAACGUCCUCUAUAAUUUCGGUAUGGAGGGACGUGACUGUUUGCUGAGGGCCAUCUGCGAGGUGCACGAAUUCCCGCUCGAUCAUCACGGUCUGCUGGGCGAGUUGCUUCAAUUCCUAUUCACAGCGAGCAAGUCAGCGGACGCCAGUGAGGAAGGACGUGACUACGUUCGUGCCGAACAAUCAGGAAGGGACCGUGGCGAAUGUUGGCAAUAUUACUCGAAAUGUCCUCGUUCGCUUUUUAGCCAACAAGAUAAUAACUUGUACAUGUAAAAUUCUUAUGAGGACUUGUCUUUGGAGCUUUACAGACUUAAAUUUCCAUUUCGAUGUAUACAGACAUGAGAGGUAGUUUGUAAAUGUUGUAUUUUGUAGUCGACGUGAAUACAUAUUGGAUAUUUUUGUACAA